CACAUGCACACACGUACAUAUACACUAAUACAACAACAGUUGGAGAGAGAGAAUGGAGCAAAGACCGAAAUAUCGAUUUUUAGGUCCCUACAUGUCUGUUCGUUCGAUUCUCAUAUAGUUUCCCCGUGUCUAGCCGCCUUCAAAACAGUAUCACGAAAGACGCGCGCGCGACAUAAAAAAAAAAAAAAGAAAUUAUAAAAUUUCCCUUUAUUUUUUUUACAAAAUCGAAAAAUUGAUUCUUUUUAUUAAUUUUGAAAAUAAUUUUCAUUAUUCUCUAGUUUUUGAAUUAAAUUAAUAAUCAUAACAUUGAAUUUUAUUUUGUUGAGAAAUUGAUAAACACUGGCUCCUCCAUCCUUUUUGCCAUUAUCAUCAUCAUCAUCAUCAUCAUCGACAGAACUGAUUUUGUUGCACAAUGACGACAGAAAAAAUGUCUAUCGCAGCAUCAGAAAAUUAUCAAUUGAAGUGGCAUAGUUAUAGUGCACAUUUACAUAGUUCUGUUGCAACAUUAUUGCAUUCUGAAUCGUUUGCCGAUGUAUUGUUGGCAACUUCUUGUGGAAGACAUGUCGCCGCUCACCGAUUUGUUCUUGCUGCUUGCUCUUCCUAUUUGAGUCAUAUUUUUCAAACAUGUCACUUUGGAGCAAAUACAAAUGCACCAUACAUUGUGGUACUUCCAACUGAAAUUGGAUAUCGAACAUUGAAAAUAUUGAUUCAAUAUAUGUACAGCGGUGAAGCAACAGUUACAAAUGAUCAAUUGGAAGGUGUUUUAAAAGCCGGUGAUAUUCUUCGAGUUCGUGGAUUAUGGAGAUCAAAUAGUAGCAGCAGUAGUAGUAGCAGUAGUAGUGGCCUUAAUAAAAAGGACACCAUUCAAUCAUCAAAUAAUCAAAAAAUUGAUCGCGACAAAAGAACAUCGUCAGAUAAUCAUCAUCAUCAUCAUAAUCAAUCAUCAACAUCGUUAACUGGCGGCGUACCAAAAAUAAAAUUAAUUCAACCAACUGAUAAAACGGCAACUGAUCUUCCAACACAAACUGCACCUCCAUUACAAACGAAUAAUUCCACAAUUUCAUCAUCAAAUUGUCAUCAAACAAUUCAAAGUAACGUUGAGAAAAAAAAUAAUGACAAAAGAAUCGAUCAACAACAGGAUGAUGAUAAAAUAGAUGAGGUUGAUGAAAAAAUUCCACUUAUUGAAGAUCCAAAAAGUGUACUGGAACAAAAUAGUAAUAGUAAACAAAAUAAAGAGAAUGUCGAAGUUAAUACAAAGAAACAAUUAAGAAAAAGUUCUACAACCACCAAUGAUGGGGAAUCAAUAAAAUCCAAAAGUGAAAGCGGUGAGAAUACACAAUUGAAUUUGGAUCUUUUGGUAAAAGAUGAACCAAUUGAUUGGGAAGAAUCAAUGGAUCCAUCAGAUACACUUACAAUCGAUCAUGAAAUUGAUAUCAAACCAGAAAUCGUACAUAGCGCCGAUGAAGAUGGUGAUAUUGAAGAAGAGGAAGAGGAAGAAGAAGAAGAGGAGGAAGAAGAAUAUACACCACUCACGUGCGAUAUGUGCAGUCAAACAUUUAAUCGUCCUUCUGAUUGGGUACGACAUAUAGAAUUUACUCAUGCUGAUAUGACGGAAAAUCGACGAAAGAAGCGAAAGGGCGACAUUGAUGACGAUAGUAAAGAAUUUCCACCAUUAAAAUGUGAUCUUUGUGGUAAUACUUAUCCAACGCCACAAGAAUGGGUUCGACAUAUUCAAACUGAACACACUGAAGAACAAUUGGCAUUAAUGAAUAAUUCAGCGCCACCAAAACCAAAAAGAAUUCAUAGUCAUCAAAAAUUAUGUAAUAUUUGUCAAAAAGUAUUUCCUAGUCAUGCAUCAAUGGUUAUUCAUCAACGAACACAUACUGGUGAAAGGCCAUUUCUCUGUUCUUAUUGUAAAAAAGGAUUUAAUGUCAAAAGUAAUUUAUUGAGACACUUGAGAACAUUGCAUGAUAAAUUUGUUCAUCCAAGUUUAUUUGGAAGUAAUGGCAACAAGAAUACUUAGAUUUAUUUUAUUAAAAAAAAAGAAAAAAAAAAGAAAAGAAAACCACAAAAAAACGGUACAUUAUGUAUAUAUAUGACAUUUCCAAAAAAGUCAUAUAGGCUCAAAAAAGAAUGAAAAAAGAAAAAAAGACCUAUUAAACGAAAAAUGAUUUCUUCUUUACACAUAAAUACACACACACACAUACACAGGCUGAUAAAUAAGGUAAUUAAUAUUUCUCACAUUGUCAAUAAUAUUUAUCACAGUUGGGUCAAUAUUUAGAGGAUUUUUUUCGGCGUAUUUUUGAAAUAUUUAUUUAUUUAAUUAUUUUCAAUUUUAAUUUUUAAAAAUUGCACAGAAAAUUAUACGGUAUUAAAAUAAGCUGCAACGCUUAUUAUUUUAAUACAAUUUUGCUUAUUUUAAUACAUUUUUGAUAUUAAAAUAAGCAAAAUUUGAUUAAAAUAAUAAGCGUUGCAGCUUAUUUUAAUACCAUAUAAUUUUCUAUGUGGUAUUUUUAAAAUUUCCCGCCAAAUUAUCAUAAACAUAACCUAGAAUUUUUUUUUGCAUGAAAACGAUCAUAAACAUAACCUACAAUUUAUUGAUUCUUCAAUCCUUUUUUUUUGAAAACGCAUCGAAAAAUUCUGUUUUCAAAAUUACGCCAUUCCUCUCAAAUGAAAAAUACAUAUAAAAAAAAAUUGACCUUAUUUUAAUUACAGCUGUUUAUUGCAAAAAUACAAAGAAUAUAAAAAUAAUUACCAAAAAAAACUAAAACUUAAAGCACAAGUGACGAAUACGAGUUUAAAAAAAAAAAAAAAAUUACUAUUUAUAAAUAAUGCGAAUCUCAUAAAAAAUGAAAAACGAGUUUUAAAUAUUUGCCAAAGCUAUUAUUUUUUUCCGCGUAGGAAAUAAUAUUUAUCAUCUCUUUAACGAUUUUACAAUAAUACGUAAUAAUAAUUUAUUAGAAAAAAAAGUCAUACCUAUAAUUAUAAACCUUUUAUUCUACAUUCCACUUUUUAUUUAUUUUUUCUUACAAACCAUCAAAAAAAAGAAAACAAAAACAAAAUAAGCAAAAAUGGAAUAAAAAAACUGUACUACAAGUACAAAUGUAUAAUGUAUUUUUUAAGUUUAGGUAAAUAUUAGCAAGUAAACGUUUUUUUUUCCUUUCUCUUUUUAGAAUAUUAUCCAAAUACCAAAAUAAAGAUUUUAUGCAAAUAAAUAAAAAAAAAAAAUACUUGUAUAUAUUUCUACUAAUGCUACUACAUUUCACUAUUUAAUAUUUCCAUUUCUACUAUAAUUACAUUUAUAAAUAAAUAAUUAGAAUUAUUUUCCAUAUAUAUAUAUAUUUAUAGUGGGUCACUUAUAAUAUAUAUAUAUAUUAAUAUAUAUAUAUAUAUAUAUUUAUUGACUGUUCAUAAUCUAUAAUUCUGUAUUUUUAUAUAAUAAAAGAAAAAUUAGCUUUAUAUUUAAAUUAGAUUUAAUUUCUAAGAGUUUUUUUUUGUCUUUUUCUCUUAAAUAUUUAUAUCGGCGAAACAAUAAAUUAACAUUCUCUCUUUUUUUCCCCCAAAAAAAAGGGUUUUAACGAAAAGCAAAUUGAAAUCCAAAAAAAAAAUGUUUAGAAUUAUGGAGUGUGUAAAAAUUUAUUUUUCAAAAAUGUAUAGAAUUUCUCCCCACCCCCCUUUUUUUCGUAUAUAUUUUCUUUUAGAUAUAAAUGUAAAACUUAUUGUCAAAUAAAAAUAAUCCUAAAUCUUCCAAAUAUAAUUCAUUAUUGAAAAAAAAGGGGAAACUAUAUAAUCAGAUACAUUAUGAACGGUCAUGUGAUUCAUAAAAAAAACCAAAUGAACAAAAAGAUGCAAAAAAAAAAAAAAACUGGUG